AACUUUGAAACAUUGGUUCAUAAUCACCACAUGAUAACUUAUAUGUUGAACCAAAUAUCAGAGCAGAGAGAGCCACAUCCACCAAAUUAAAUGUCCCAAUUUUGGUAAAUUAUUCUACCAUCCCUACACUCGAGCUCCCUUCCAAUUCCAUUAUCAGUAUACUGUGCUAUCAAUUUAUCCAACUCAAAUUUUGAUUGGCUGGGCAGGCAGAUGCUAAAGUUAGGCAAUUUCCUGCCAAAUCUGUCAGUCAAAUCUUUAUUGCUGACUUGGCAGCAGAACUCAACUUCAGUCAAUCUGUAAUACUCAAGGCAAAGAGGAGAAGAGAGGCUAACAAAGAAGAGAAUUGCCGUCAGAUUACAUGGCGGCCAACAUCAUCUUCACUCCGAUCAAACUCUCAUGGAAACUCUCUCUCUCCUCAACUCUCAUCCCCACUCACUUUCAUCGCGGCCAAAAUGGCACCACACAAAAAUUCACCGUCCACGCCGCCAUGAUGGAUGCAAAGCCUACCGUUCUUGUGGCUGAGAAACUCGGGGAAGCAGGCCUCGAUUUUCUCAGAACAUAUGCCAAUGUUGACUGCUCUUACAACCUCACCUCAGAGGAACUAUGCACUAAAAUAUCGCUCUGUGACGCGUUAAUUGUGAGGAGUGGAACGAAAGUUACCCGCGAAGUGUUUGAACAUUCCGGUGGAAGACUUAAGGUUGUUGGUCGUGCUGGUGUUGGAAUUGAUAAUGUCGACUUAUCCGCCGCCACUGAACAUGGGUGUUUAGUGGUCAAUGCGCCUACGGCUAAUACAAUUGCAGCUGCAGAACAUGGGGUUGCUUUGCUCACUGCUAUGGCCAGAAAUAUAGCGCAAGCUGACGCGUCUAUUAAAGCUGGGAAGUGGCUGAGAAGCAAAUAUGUAGGUGUGUCGCUUGUAGGGAAAACAUUAGCUGUUAUAGGGUUCGGAAAGGUUGGAUCAGAAGUAGCUCGGCGAGCAAAGGGUCUCGGAAUGCAUGUUAUUGCGCACGAUCCAUAUGCUCCUGUGGACAGGGCAAGAGCAAUUGGGGUAGAAUUAUCAAGUUUUGAUAAAGCCAUAUCAAUAGCAGACUUUAUCUCAUUGCAUAUGCCACUUACUCCUGCUACAUCAAAAAUGUUCAACGAUGACACUUUUUCAAAGAUGAAAAAAGGAGUCAGGAUUGUUAAUGUUGCUCGUGGUGGUGUUAUUGAUGAGGAUUCUCUAGUCAGAGCUCUGGAUUCUGGGAUUGUUGCUCAGGCUGCUCUUGAUGUAUUCAUAGAAGAGCCUCCACCACAAGACAGCAAGUUGGUGCUACAUGAAAAUGUGAUUGCAACUCCUCAUCUUGGUGCUAGCACCACCGAGGCACAGGAAGGUGUAGCCAUAGAAGUAGCAGAAGCUGUUAUUGGGGCUUUGAGAGGAGAGCUUGCUGCUACUGCAGUGAAUGCACCCAUGGUUCCUGCUCAGGUGCUUUUAGAAUUGGCAGCAUAUGUUGGUCUUGCAGAAAAACUUGGAAGGCUAGCUGUUCAACUAGUUGCAGGUGGAAGCGGUGUACAAUCAGUGAAGGUGGCUUAUGCUUCUACAAGAGGUCCGGAUGAUCUCGAUACAAGACUGCUUCGAGCCAUGAUUAUUAAGGGUUUGAUUGAGCCUAUCUCUAAUGUUUUUAUAAACUUGGUGAAUUCUGACUUCAUCGCUAAACAGAGAGGAAUAAAGAUAGCAGAGGAGCGCAUUGUGUUAGACGGUUCGCCGGAGAAGCCACUGGAGUAUAUCCAGGUUCAAAUUGCCAAUGUAGAGUCUAAAUUUGGGAGUGCAAUUUCGGAGUCCGGAGAGAUUAGAGUGGAGGGAAGAGUAAAAGACGGGAAGCCUCAUCUUACUAUGGUGGGAACAUUCAGUGUUGAUGUGAGUAUGGAAGGCAGUCUAAUUCUCUGCCGGCAAGUUGAUCAGCCUGGUAUGAUCGGAAAAGUUGGGAGCAUCUUAGGUGAAGAGAAUGUAAAUGUGAGUUUCAUGACUGUUGGUCGGACUGCUCCGAGAAAACAGGCGGUCAUGACCAUCGGUGUGGAUGAGGAACCCAACAAGGAAGCAUUGAAAAGAAUUGGGGAAAUACCAGCAGUUGAAGAAUUUGUUUUUCUCAAGUUAUAGUUUAUUCAAAAUUGAUUUGUAUUUUCUGGCCAAAUCUUUUUGUUGCGUAUAGGCUGUAUUCUUCUCUCAUUUGCUAAAGAGUAAAGAGUAAUAUGACCCAACAUUUUUAAUUA